AUGCAGCUGCGGCAUCUACGGACGCUGCAGGCGCCAGGUGAGGAGAUAGCGCGGAUCACAGCGCUAUGCUGGUCACCGAACAACAGGAGGCUUGCAGCCUCGACUUCUGAUCGUGUUGUGCACCUGUUUGAUGAGGUUGGCGAGAAGAAAGACAAGUUCAGCACCAAGCCUGCUGAUGCGAAUGGCCCGAAGAACUACAUGGUCACGGGCAUGGCCUUCUCCCCGGAUUCAACUCGUCUUGCUGUUGCGCAGAGCGACAACAUUGUGUUCAUCUACAAACUGGGGUUGGAAUGGGGAGAGAAGAAGUCGAUCUGCAACAAAUUCCUUCAAUCGAAUGCGGGCGUGACUUGUCUCACUUGGCCGAUGGAGCAGCCCAACGAGCUGGUGUUCGGGCUGACUGACGGGACAGUCAAGGUUGGGAUUAUCCGAUCCAACAAGGCGCAGAAGUUGUACAGCACAGACUCGUACGUGACGUCCUUGUGCUCGAGCCCAGACGGGCACUCAAUCCUUUCUGGCCAUGUCGACGGCUCGAUCUAUCGCUUCUCGUUCGAUGAGAGUGGAGGGCCAGCUCAUGUGAGGCUGGCGAUGCACACCUGUGUACCGCAAGCUCUUGCCUGGGGUGAGAACAUCAUAGCUGGUGGCAACGAUGGCAAGAUUGUGUUCUAUGACAUCGAAGGCGGGGUCUAUCAGUUGUUCGACUACUCGUCUGAUAUUGCGAAUCUCAAGGAGUUCACCGCCUGCUGUUUCAACCCGUCAGGUGAGAGUGCAGUUGUUGGUGCAUUCAACAGACUGCACGUUUUCAAUCUCAACAUUCGGAGGAACCUGUGGGAAGAAGCAGGGAUAAAGCAGAUUGAGAACAUGUACUCUGUCACUGCAAUGUCAUGGAAGCAGGACGGAUCGAGGCUGUGUGUUGGGACUCUUGCUGGUGCUAUCGACUGCUACGAUGCCUGUCUCCGUCGUUAUCGUUACAAGGGGAAGUUUGAGUUCACAUAUGUCUCUCUCUCUCAGGUGAUUGUGAAACGUUUGUCGUCGGGAACCAGGAUAGUUCUCAAGUCUCAUUUCCAAUAUGAGAUCGUCAAGAUCAACAUAUACCAAGAUCAAUACCUCGUUGCCCACACUCCCGAAACUCUCCUCAUCGGCAACCUUGAGUCAUGCAAGCUAUCUGAGGUACCAUGGAGUGGUUCAGGUUCAGAGAGGUUCAUCUUCGAAAACCCUUCUGUCUGCAUGGUCUACAAUGCAGGCGAGCUGACGCUGGUGGAGUACGGUCGGAAUGAAAUCUUGGGCUCAGCAAGGACAGAGCAUGUGUCUCCUCACUACAUCUCGUGCCGGUUGAACGAAUCGAAGUCUCUAGGAGAGCAGAGCGGAGAGCAGGAGAACAAGAAGAUCGCAUACUUGAUGGAUUUCCAGACCAUUCGCGUGCUUGAUCUGACAACCAGUCACACUGUAGCUACUGUCAAUCAUGAUGCUAAGGUCGACUGGCUGGAGCUGAACCCGUCGGCAACGAAGUUGCUCUACCGGGACAAACAUCGCCAACUACACCUGUUCGACCUCCUUUCUCAGACCAGGUCAACCCUCCUCAACUACUGCAGCUACGUGCAGUGGGUGCCCAACAGUGAUGUUGUGGUCGCCCAGAACCGCGACAACCUGUGUGUCUGGUACUCCAUCGAUGCCCCCGAGCGAGUCACCAUCUUCCAGAUCAAGGGAGACGUGGAGGACAUCGAGAGGGCUGGAGGCAGGACCGAGGUGAUCGUCGACGAAGGGAUUAACACCGUCUCCUACCGUCUGGACGAGACGCUGAUUGAGUUCGGGAGCUCGAUCGAGAACAAGGAGUAUGAGAAGGCUGUCACGCUGCUCGAGCAGCUGGAGUUCAGCCCGGAGACGGAGGCCAUGUGGUCCACCCUGUGUCAGCUGGCACUGCAGGACAACCGUCUCUUCAUAGCUGAGCGGUGCUGUGCGGCCCUCGGGGACACGGCCAAGGCCAUGUACCUGCGCAAGGUGAACGAGAUCGCGGAGGAAGCAGAGAGGUCCGGGCUGCCCGACGGGGCCCAGCACUUCAAGGUGCAAUCAGAAAUGGCGAAGCUGGAGAAGCACUUUGAGCGGGCUGAGCAGAUCCUGCUGGAGCAAGGGCAGGUGGAGGAGGCGAUGCAGAUGUACCAGGAGCUGCACCGGUGGGACGAGGCCAUCGCGAUCUCCGAGAGCAAGGGGAAGCCUGAGACGGAGGAGCUCAAGACGUCCUACCUGCAGUGGCUGCUGGUGACAGGGCAGGAGGAGAGGGCUGCCAAGCUCAAGGAGAAGGAGGGAGACAUUGAGACGGCCAUCCAGCUCUACCUGCAAGGAGGCCUGCCUGCCCGCGCUGCCGCCCUCGUGCAGAACCAACAGUAUCCUCAGACGCCGGAGAUGCUCGAGACGAUCGCUGCUGCACUUAGCAAGUCCGGGCUACACGAGAAGGCUGGAAACUUCUUUGAGAAGCUGAACAUGAUUGAACGAGCGUUGGAAUCCUACCGCAAGGGCAACGCGUACAGAAAGGCAGUCGAGCUUGCGAGGAGAAACUUUCCGCGAGAGGUGGUGCAGCUGGAGCUGGAGUGGGGCAACUGGCUCGUCUCGCAGAAGCAGCUGGACGCAGCCAUCAAUCACUUCAUCGAGGCAGGUCAGAACAUCAAGGCGAUAGAGGCCGCCAUUCAAGCGCGGCAAUGGUCCAAGGCGGUGCAGAUCGUGGAUACCCAGGACGACGACGUUGCCAGCCGAUUCUACAAGAUCAUCGCCCAGCACUUUGAGGAGACGAAGAACUACGAUGAUGCGGAGAGGUACUACAUCAAGGCUCGAUGCCCGCAGGAUGCUGUGGAGAUGUACACCCGCAUCAAGAAGUGGGAGAAGGUCCACAAGGUGGCUGUCUCCUUCAUGAGCGAGUCUGCCGUCAACACCCUCUACGUGAACCAGGCACAGAGGUAUUCCUCUUUCUUGACGGAGGCGCUGGGCUGGGAGGUGAGAGCUGGUCGGGGCAGGCUGGAGGCACAAGGGAAGCUGAAAGAAGCUGAGAAGCUUUACAUCAUGGUCAAGGAGCCCGACCUUGCGAUCAACAUGUACAAGAAGAACCGACACUACGAUCAGAUGAUCCGGCUAGUCGCCCAGCAUCGCAAGGAUCUUCUCUCGGAGACCUACCUGCACCUCGCCCAGCAGCUCGAAGCUGAAAACAAGUUCAAGGAGGCUGAGCGUCACUACGUGGACGGCAACGACUGGAAGAGCGCAGUGAACAUGUAUCGCGCCCACGACAUGUGGGACGAUGCGAUCAGAGUGGCGAAGACGCACGGAGGCGUCAACACGUCCCGGCAGGUGGCGUACGCGUGGGCCGUCAGCCUGGGAGGAGAAGCAGGAGCGAAGCUGCUCACCAAGUUCGGACUCAUCGAGCAGGCGAUCGACUACGCGACAGAGAGCGGGGCAUUCGAUCAGGCGUUCCAGCUGGCGAGAAGCUCGAUGAAAGGGAAGCUGCCUGAUGUCCACUUGAAGCAUGCUAUGUUCUUGGAGGACGAGGGGAGGUUCCGAGAGGCGGAGGAGGAGUUCAUCAAUGCCAAGAAGCCUAAGGAGGCGAUCGAGAUGUACAUCCAUCAGCAAGACUGGCCCAACGCACUGCGCAUUGCAGAGAAUCACGACCCGAAUUCGCGCAGCGACGUGAUGAUAGCAAAGGCUCGUUCGCAUAUGGACAAGAAGGACUUCAAGCAGGCCGAGAACAUCUUCGUCGAGGUCGGCAAGGCUGAGCUUGCAGUCAAGAUGUACAAGGAUGCAAGGAAGUGGGACGAUGCCAUUCGCAUCGCCAAGUCGCACGAGAACUCCCCAGGCAUCGGGUCAGGCAUGGUCUAUGAACUCCAGCAGGAGAAAGCUAGGGGCAUGUCAGCGCCUGACGCGCAGCAAGAUCUGAUGGCGCCAGGGAAGAUGUGGGAGGAGAGCGGCGACUACAGCAAGGCGAUCGACGCGUACCUCAAGAUCACAAGCUCGCACACUCAAGAUCUCGAAUACCUCGAAGAGAUUUGGGAGAAAGCGGUUGAGCUGGCAAUGAAUCAUGUUCACGGAAGAAUAACCGAAGUCGUGAGCGAAGUCAGUCGUCGUCUGGUAGACAUCGGGAGAUUCGAGCAGGCUGCUGAAUUUCUUGAGGGCAUCGACUCGCACAAGGAGGCGAUCGACGUCUACCUCCGUGCGGGGAUGUGGGACAAGGCGCGGGCGCUCGGGAAGACCUCUGCUCAGCUCGAGAGCUAUGUGGAGGACAUGAUGAAGAGGUCGUCAGACGCUAGAGGAGGAGCUGGAGGAGGAGCUGGAGGGCAGGGGAGCACCAACGCUGCAAGGGGGUCGGUGCCUGUUGCUGGGGUGGGGAGGACGAGCUCGAGCGGGGAAAGCAUCCAAGAGCUCGCUAAGAGGGGAGACUGGGAACGUUGCCUGCAGGUCGCCAAGAAGAUGGGCCAGGAAGCGGUCGACCAGUACGUCGUCCUCCAUGCCGCCUCCUCCUUCCGUGCGGGCGAGUCCAUGCAGGCAGUGCGGGUGCUCCAGCAGCACGGUACUCCCCUAGGAGCCUCCAACGUGGCGCUGUACAAGCAGAUCGCCAAGGAGAUCCUGGGACGAGGCCGUACCAAGGUUCUCUACAAGAUCUGGUCUGCCAUGCGAACGUCGGGCGGCGCAGACGCUGGGGAUCAGAGGGAGGUGGACAGAUACCUGCAGGCGGCGCACCUGCUCUGCCUCCAGGCGAGUUGCCGGGCGAGGGGAGCAGGGAUGGCGGAGGUGGAGCAGAAGAUUUGUGUAUCCCUCCUCCGCUUCUGCGACAUCCUCCCUGCCGACCGAGUCUUCUACGAGGCUGGAAUGGCAUGCAAGGCUGCCGGCAAGCUGAACCAGGCUUUCGUCUUCUGUAAUCGCUUCCUCGACAUCUGCGAUGCCAUGGAGGAGGCAGACAGCAGCAGCAUGAUCGAGAACACCGACUUCGAGGGCACAGACGUUCCUUUCGAGUUCAACUUGCAGGAGAAGGCUUUCGUGCCUGAGAACGACAGAGAGGAGGUUCGCGAUUGGGUUCUCCAACUCUCCAUGGACAAGAAGGUCGAGCCUGUCCUCGCGACUCGCUCCUGUUUCAAGUGCAACGCCAAGAACUACGAGGCCUCUCUGACAUGCUCGGGUUGCAACAUGAAGUUCAAGCCCUGCGUUGUCACGGGGGUAUCCCGUCAUGCGCGGAAAGAGGAGAACUGCCACCUGACGAGGUGUUCGUCAACUUUUCACAACGGCUCGACGUCCUUCAAAGAUUUCAUUGACUUCACAGUGAAGGGCUAAACCUCUUCCUCCUCCUCUUCCUCCCUCUCCCUCCCUCUUCCUCUCUCUCCCUCCCUCUUCCUCUCUUCUUCCCUCUUUGUACAUAUAAAUCUAAUAUGAGUUG